CGAAUCCUCCCCCCGAGUCCCGAGAAAACACAUGUUGUUAGGUUAGGUUAUAAGAAAUUUUCAAUUUUGAAAUUUAUGAAUUCGUGUGCUUACUGCUUAUUUAAAGCACAAAAAAUAUGGUGGUGUUUACGUGCAAUCACUGUGGAGAAAGUUUACGCAAACCUACAGUUGAAAAACAUUAUAAUUUUUGCCGCUCUGCUAAAAAUUUAACUUGUGUUGAUUGUUUUAAGGACUUUAGAGGAGAAGAAUAUGUAACUCACACAAAAUGCAUAACAGAAGAGGAGAGGUAUUCAAGAAAAGGAUCUAUACCCAAUGGAAUAGUAAAAAAAGGUGAAUUAAAGCAAGAAUCAUGGGUGGACAUGAUAAAAUCAAUUUUGGAGCAAUCAAAUUUAAAACCUUCCAACAGAAGCCUAUUAAAUACCAUUUGCAACUACAGUAACAUUCCUAGGAAAAAGCCUAAAUUUAUGAACUUUAUCAAGAGUUCCUCUGGAGGUCGUGUAAAUAUGAGGGAAGUAGAAGAAGUAUGGAAUAUCAUAGAAAGUUAUAAAGCUAAAAAAGCAACUAAACAGAAUAACACUCAAACUAGUGAAGAUAUUAAGCCAGAAAAUGAAGUAACUAAAAGGAAGGUAUGUGAAGACAUUGCUAAUGAAAACAGUGAACAUGAAGUGCCUAAAAAGAAAAAGAAAAAAGAAAAAUUAUCUAAUAAUGCAGAAAAUGGUGAUUUUAAUACGAACAGAGAAGAUGGAGAGCCAAAAAAGAAAAAGAAGAAGGAAACUUCAUUAGCUCAUGUAGAAAAUGGUGACUCUAAUGAGAACACAGAACAUGAAGGAACAAAAAAGAAAAAGAAGAAAGAAGCAGCAAUAACUCAUGUAGAAAAUGGUGACUCUAAUGAGAACACGGAACAUGAAGGAGAAAAAAAGAAAAAUAAGAAAAACAAAUUAUCAAUUCAGGUGGAGAAUGAUAAUACAGCACAAGAAAAUUUACAUGUUGAAGAAGAGACUGGAAAUGAAAAUUUCAACUACACCAAUAAAAUAUUGAAUAUUUUAGCAAAGAAAAGAACAAUCACCUUACAGAAACUUCAGAAAAAGGUAAUCAAUGCAUAUCUUAAACAUUCUGGGGAAUCAGAAGUAAGCCCAAAGAUUAUAAAAAAAUUCAAUAAGAAAUUAAAAAAGAUUGAAAACAUAGAAAUUACAGAUGAUGAGGUUUCUUUGAAAGAAAAUAGUUAAUAAAUAAUUUUGUUAUACAUAAAACAAACAUUUAAAACUGCUGUUUUAAUUGAAAACAUAAGCUUAUUUUUUAAAUAACUUACAAUAUCUAAUUUUAAGUAUAUUUACAUUGAAAUAUUGUAAAUAAAUGACGUGAAAAUUUGGAAAACUAGCUUUACAUGUUUUGUAAAACGUAAUAAAUAUAUGAAU